CAACCCGCUACAGACCUACUGACCUACUGGCUGACCCUCCCGCCGUCCGUCGUCCAUCCAUCAAUCCGUCCUCCCCCAUUGCAUUGUCGUCGUCCCCCCCGUCGACCCGUCCUGAUGGCAUCGGCUUGAGCCCUUCCGUUGGACAACAGUAUCCUCCGUCAGGCUCUCUACCUCCCCCACGGCCCCUGAGAGUUCUUGGCAGCACCGCUGCUGUAAGUCGCCGCACGGCCUCUCUCCCGCUCGCCCACGCCCCCCCCGUCCAUCGCAAACCAAGAAUUCCAAGCAAUCCUCCUCCCCUCCCCUACUACCCCAUCGCGACCUCGUCUCUGCCACCCACGCCUCAUCGUCGGCUCGUCGCUCUCCUGCGUCGUUCGGUCCGCAUCUGCGUUUGUUCUGCGCUUGCCACCUGUUCACCCUCCUGAUCUCGGUGAUUGCAGGUUUCGCGGGCGUCGACGCAGCAGCCCCCAUCGCAUCCUCGAGGAAGCCAGAAGCAGCCCAACACCCCACGCCAUCCAUCGAAAUGUCCUUUCCGCCAGGACGAUGAUCACCGGUCCUCUGCCCUUAACCCACCGGUCCUCUUCGAUCGAUUCUGCUUUUUGAUUUCGAUUCUUUUACUGUCACUUCCUCACCGGACCCCUCCCCUCGCGAGUUAUUGCCCGGCGCCAGUCGACCGCCGUCGUCCCUGUCGACUUUUAAUACCCUAGGCACUGCUUCGUUGCUUCAUUGGGGUGAUUGGAUAUAUACCCGGGCCAUUCCCACCACGUCAUGGCGAGCGCGCAGGUCUCUCCAGAACUACCCAGGCCAUCAUUUGCCAAAGUGGCAGCAUCCGUCUCCAAAGAGGCUCUCCCGGCGGCAGGGCAGAGCAGCAACCACACGUCCAGUGUCGAGCACGAAGCAAGCACGAUGAAACCUAUCGUGGUUAGUAGCGCGCCCAUUGUGGUGCCGCGUUCACAGCCUACCUCACUUCCUGGAUCAGGCAUCCCGACGGCCCCAAGAGGCAAAUCAGCAGAUGUCGAUAAUGCUUCGACGGCACUCCACAACCUGAAACUUGGCCCAAAGGUCCCCAGUCUCGUGGUCGAUGGGAGCAGUUCCGCACCGGAUCGCCAGCGAGGUCUCAUCAGCAGGGAAAGCGGAUCUGAUGAGUCGCAGAAAUGUGAUUCAAGCUCAGACCUCGGGACAAAGCCACCCAGCCUGGAUGGCAAAAGCAUCACUUCAGGGACAACGUUCGCUAUGGACGAGAAGGAGUCGCUGCGCCCUGACGACAGUGCCAGUGUCAAGGCCGCGGCAGAGGACGACGAUGCCUUCUCAAUCCGUGGCUCUUUCAUCGCUGGUUCCCGAAUGAGCUCAGACAUUGCCGCGCGUGCUCGGGGCAUUCAGCUCGGCGACAUACCGGAGCAAAGAUUGGUGCACCCUCCAACUGGACCACUCGGACACGGCAUCCUGACGCCGCAGAGUUCCACAUCGGAGCACCCCCCAGCCCUUAACCCGGCCAUGCCGCUCAGCGCAGAAGGCUCUUCCGAUGCUCUCAACGUCAUAUAUCGCCAGGCACCCGACGAGAAGUUGCUUGACGCGCUUGCCAGCCCAAGGGACCGUUACUUCCUACUGCGGCUCGAGAAGGAUGUGAUCGAUUUUGUACAGGACUCCAAGGAGCCGUACAUGGACCUGCCUCCAUCAAACUCGUUCUGUCGAAUGUUGACGCAUAAGUUGGCAGACUAUUACCACAUGACGCAUUCCUUUGAACCCCAUAUUGGAUCCGUCCGCAUAUUCAGGACGCCUUUCUGUAGAGUUCCGCCAUCUCUGGCCACCAUGGCUCCGCAAUCGAGUGCCUCUGCUAGCAGCACCCCACCCCCUGCCGUGCUGCCCAAGAAGAUCAUGCGCCGCGGGCAAGACAAUGAGGGCGGCGCUGUCAGCGCAAGCGCCUCGAAGCCUACGUCAGAGUCUGGAAGCGAUGGCAAAGACGGCAAGGAGAAGCAGCCGGUGGCUAAGGAAAAGAUGUCGCGGGAAGAGCGGGAGGAGAUGUACAAGCUGGCUCGAGAGCGAAUCUUUGGCAGCUCAGAGAACAGUGUUCAGGAGAAUGACGGCGAGAGCGGCAUGUCGCGCACGAGCUCCGUGUCUGCCAACAACAAAGCCAAUGGUGCAAAGCGUGGCAAAGUGGGCAAGCAACGUCGGGACGACUCAGACAGCUUUGACUCGAGGAAUCUGUACACGCCUUACUGGGGUCCUCAGCAGCAGACUUGGGUGCCGCAACCGCAGGGCCAGUUCAUGGCUCCGGCCCAGAGUCAGUUCGCGGGGCAGCCACCGCCCUCGUUCCCCGGGCAAGUUGCGCCAGUCUAUGCCCAACAGCCCGCAGCUUAUCCUGCCAUGACCAACAUGGGUCACAACCCCAGCUAUCCCGCCUACGGUCUGCCUCAGCAGUAUGCCCCGCCCCCGCCACCCCAACAAAGGUACCAGCCCAGUGGUAGCCCAAUGACGGCGUAUGGCUCGCCGGUUCCACAAGCUACCGUUCCGCAGGGAUGGCAACCAGGCUUUGUGCCUCAGGCGUACCAAGCUAGGGGCUCGGUACCGCCUACCGCUCAAAAUCACAUGGGUAUCCCCUAUGCUUACGGACAGCUGCCCGCGAAUGCGAACCCAAACGACCCUAAGAGUCAGCACCCCAUCCCAGGCAGUUACAAUAGGAACCAUGCCUUCAAUCCCAAGACGCAGUCCUUCGUCCCUGGCGGAAGCCCGAUGCACCCAAUACCGCCUCCACAGCCCCCCUUCACAGCCCCCGGGUCUCAUCACGGGAGCCCCCAAAUAGGGACACCUCACCUUGCAUAUGCGGCUUAUCAGCCCGCGGUUCCCCCGUCGUACGGCGGGGGAUAUGGCAUGGCGAGGCAGGGCUCGAACAACUCCAUACCCUCCUACCAUGGCCCUCCUAUGCCUCAGCAUGUGCCGCCACCUAUGCAGAGCAUGCCGCCGCCCCAGCAUGUUCCCCAGAACGCGCCGCCCCAUGCUGUUAGCCGCCCGGCCGUGCCAGUGGUAGCGAAUCAGAUAUAUAGCCACCUACCCACCUACGGCAACCCGGCCACGCUGCCGCAGAAGCCAGCCGCUGGAAUUUAGGAGCAUCAGGGCGGUGUUCGGAGCCGAGCACCGAAACGGCGUAUAAAGGGCAUGAUCAAGCAUCUUGGCGUUACCGGGUGGAUAGGAUGAAUGGCAUUGAUGUUUUUUUAACCUGUAGGCCAUGGCCUCCUCUUAGAUGAGAUACACAUAUCCGGGGACAUGAAGACUGCAUGACG